AUGGCAUAUUGUUGGAAAACAGAUCUAAAUACCAGUGAAUCACAUCAAGAGCAGCAUGAGCACCAAGAAUUUCACUCUGUAAAUCAGUUCCUUUUCCCUAGCCCAGUCAGCCUGGGUUUUGAUCAGCUAGUAGAUGAGCUCAGUAAUAACAUUCCGCUCUAUCAGAGUGAAAUUGAAGAAAACACUGUUUUUGUUCCCAGUACACCAAGCGGGGACUCAAGAACACAUUCGUUAGAUGAAACACACCAAAUACCCUUGAAUGAAUUAACUUCUAAAAGCUCAGAACUCUCCUGUCACCAAGUUAGGAAAACACCAGUAAUUGGCUUUAGGAGCUCUGUGCUACCAAAUCCUGAAAACACGAACAAAGGAAGCUCUUGGGGAAACCCCAUAGGAAAACAUCAUGGUGUUGAUGAUUACAGAUUCAAUAUUUUAGCUUCAUCAUCCACUAGUUUGGAUAAAAUUAAUUCACAGAGAAAAUUAGAAAAUGAAAAACAUAACUACCACAUAGGAUUUGAAAGUAGCAUCCCUUCUAUAUAUCCAUCCUUUUCAACUGACUUCAUGCCAAAAGAAGAGAAUAAAAGAGGCAGAAAUAUGGACAUUGUGGAACAUUCUCUGAUGCCUUUUGAAGGCUCUUCUUUACCCAGGACCUGGGAAAAUACAUGGCUAAAGAAUAGAGAGCUGACAGGUUGUUCUCUUCAGCUAGUUGAAGUACCUCAAGGCAGUAAUAAGACUCUGGCCUCCUUCUGCGACAAAGUAAAAACAAUAAGAGAAACGUAUCAUGCAGCUGACAUUAAUUCCAAUUCAGGGAAGAUCUGGAGCACUACUACAGCAUUUCCCUAUCAGCUCUUUUCUAAUACUAAGUUUAACAUAAAUAUUUGUAUUGAUAACUCAACACAACUACUUCAUUUUAUGCCAUAUGCUAAUUAUCUUGUCAAAGACCUAACAGCAGAGAUUCUACAUUUUUGUACAAAUGACCAGUUAUUCCCCAAAGAUCAUCUUCUAAGUAUAUGUGGCUCUGAAGAAUUUUUGCAGAAUGAUUUUUCUUUGGGGAGCCACAAAAUAUUUCAGAAAGAUAAAUCUGUUAUUCAACUCAAUCUGCAGAAAAAUGGGAAUGUUCCAGGAAAGUUAUGUCGAAAGCAUGAAGAUGACCACAGUCAGUUUUAUCUGAACCAACUUCUAGAAUUUAUGCAUAUUUGGAAAGUAUCCAGACAGUGCCUCUCAACAGUAAUCAAAAAAUAUGACUUCCACCUGAAAUCCCUAUUGAAAACCCAGCAAAAUGUAGAUAAUAUUAUUGAAGAAGUAAAAAAUAUAUGCAGUGUUCUGGGGUGUGUGGAGACCAAACAAAUUACAGAUGCUGUAAAUGAACUACGUCUAAUUCUUCAGAGAAAAAUAGAGAAUUUUCAUCAAAAUUCAGAGACUUCAGCAAAAGGCUUGAUAGAGAAAGUGACAACUGAACUAUCCAGGUCCAUCUACCAGCUUAUCAAUGCCUAUUGCUGCAGCUUUUAUGCAGAUUUCCAGCCUCUAAAUGUACCUGAUGACAUUUCCUAUGUAAAUCCUGGGCUCCAUUCCCACCUUAGCUUCACAGUGUAUGCAGUUCACAAUAUUCCAGAGACUUGGGUGCACAGGAUCAAUUUUCCUCUUGAAAUAAAGUCACUUCCAAGGGAAUCCAUGCUCACUAUAAGAUUGUUUGGGAUUGUCUAUGCAACCAAUAAUGCCAAUUUAUUGGCUUGGACUUGUCUUCCAUUGUUUCCAAAAGACAAAUCCAUUCUCGGGUCUAUGCUAUUCAGCAUGACAUUACAGAAUGAGCCUCCCAUAGAAAUGAUAGCUCCAGGAGUGUGGGAUAUAAGCCAGCCAUCUCCAGUGAUCCUGCAGAUUGAUUUUCCAGCUACUGAGUGGGAGUAUAUGAAACUUGAUUUUGAAGACAAUAGAAAUAACCUUGAAGAACCACCAAAAGAGUGUUUAAAACAUAUUGCCAGACUUUCACAGAAACAAUCUCCCUUGCUACUCUCUGAGGAAAAGAGAAGAUACUUAUGGUUUUAUCGCUUCUACUGCAAUAAUGAAAACUGCUCCCUUCCUUUGGUCCUGGGUAGUGCCCCUGGAUGGGAUGAAAGGACUGUUUCAGAAAUACAUACCAUUUUGAGAAGAUGGAAAUUUUCUUGCCCUUUGGAGGCACUUGGACUUCUGACUGCUAGUUUUCCAGAUCAAGAAAUUCGUAAAGUGGCAGUUCAACAAUUAGACAACCUCUUGAAUGAUGAACUACUGGAAUAUCUCCCACAGCUAGUUCAGGCUGUCAAGUUUGAAUGGAACCUUGAAAGUCCUCUGGUACAAUUCCUAUUGCACCGUUCAUUGCAAAGCAUCCAGAUAGCCCAUCGUCUUUACUGGCUGCUAAUGGAUGCACAGAAUGAAACUUAUUUUAAAAGCUGGUAUCAGAAGCUGUUGGCUGCUCUCCAAUUCUGUUCAGGAAAAGCCUUGAGUGAUGAGUUUUCCAAGGAGAAGAAACUUAUUAAAAUUCUGGGAGACAUCGGGGAAAAAGUCAAGUCUGCCAGUGACCCUCAAAGACAGGAGGUACUAAAGAAAGAGAUUGGCAGACUAGAAGAAUUCUUUCAGUGUAUAAAGACCUGCCACCUUCCUCUGAACCCUGCCCUGUGUAUAAAGGGUAUUGAUCGUCAUGCAUGUUCAUAUUUCACAUCUCACGCUUUGCCAUUGAAGAUUACUUUCAUCAAUGCUAACCCAAUGGGCAAAAACAUCGGCGUCAUUUUUAAGGCCGGAGAUGAUCUUCGUCAGGAUAUGCUUGUUCUGCAGAUUAUUCAAGUGAUGGACAAUAUUUGGCUGCAGGAGGGCUUGGAUAUGCAAAUGAUCAUUUAUAGAUGUUUAUCCACAGGAAAAGGUCAAGGUUUGGUGCAGAUGGUACCUGAUGCCAUAACCCUAGCAAAGAUCCAUCGCCAUUCUGGACUGAUAGGACCAUUGAAAGAAAACACAAUCAAAAAGUGGUUCAGUCAGCACAACCAUUUAAAGGCAGAUUAUGAAAAGGCCUUGAGGAACUUUUUCUAUUCCUGUGCUGGCUGGUGUGUGGUAACGUUCAUCCUGGGAGUCUGUGACCGACAUAACGACAAUAUCAUGCUGACAAAGUCAGGCCACAUGUUUCAUAUUGACUUUGGAAAAUUCCUAGGUCAUGCACAAACAUUUGGAGGGAUAAAAAGGGACCGAGCACCUUUUAUUUUUACUUCAGAGAUGGAGUACUUUAUUACAGAGGGUGGGAAAAACCCACAGCAUUUCCAAGAUUUUGUGGAGCUUUGCUGUCAAGCUUAUAAUAUUGUCAGAAGGCACAGUCGACUGCUCUUGAACCUGUUAGAAAUGAUGAUACAUGCAGGAUUGCCUGAGCUGGGUGGAAUCCAAGACCUGAAAUAUGUGUAUAAUAAUCUUCGUCCACAAGACACAAACCUGGAAGCAACAAGUCAUUUUACCAAGAAAAUAAAGGAAAGUCUGGAGUGCUUCCCUGUUAAGUUAAAUAACUUGAUCCAUACACUUGCACAAAUGACAGCCAUAAGUCCUGCUAAAUCUACUUCACAGACUUUUCCCCAGGAAUCCUGUAUGCUGAAUGCAACCAGGUCAAUUCAAAGAGCGACAAUUUUAGGGUUCAGCAAGAAAACUAGUAAUCUGUAUCUAAUCCGGGUGAAACACAGUAACAAUGAAACAAGCCUGACAGAAAAAUCAUUUGACCAGUUUUCAAAACUUCACAGCCAACUUCAGAAGCAGUUUGCAUCAUUGACUCUCCCAGAAUUUCCUCACUGGUGGCACUUACCUUUUACAAAUUCAGACCACAAAAGAUUCAGAGACCUAAAUCAUUACAUGGAACAGAUAUUAAAUGGAUCAUAUGAAGUUGCAAACAGUGGUUGUGUGGUUAGUUUUUUCCUCUCCGAGCCAGUUCAACAAACAAUUGAAGAAUCAUCGCUCAUGGACCUAGGUGAGAAGUUUCCUGACAAGACGCCUAAGGUGCAGUUAGUGAUAUCUCAUGAGGAUGCGAAGCUGACCAUCCUAGUGAAACACAUGAAAAACAUUCAUCUCCCAGAUGGCUCUGUGCCCAGUGCACAUGUCGAAUUUUAUCUUUUACCAUAUCCCAGUGAAGUUCGUAGGAAGAAAACGAAAUCUGUUCCAAAAUGUACUGACCCCACUUAUAAUGAAAUUGUGGUGUAUGAUGAAGUCACAGAGCUCCGAGGACAUGUCUUAAUGCUUAUUGUGAAGAGCAAAACCGUAUUUGUGGGCGCAAUUAACAUCCAACUUUAUAGUGUCCCUCUCAACGAAGAAAAAUGGUAUCCACUAGGAAACUGUAUAAUUUGACCAUUUCUAUCAACCAAUGCAUUAUUCAUUAACUACUUAUAUCUUUUUCACUUCUAGGCCUCUCUAUCACAAGAGCAGGACAUUUUUGUUUUCAAAGAUAGCUUAGUGUACAAGGACACAAGAAAAAUAAAUAAGAAU